CGCAUGUGUGUAAAUGAAACAGUGAGAGAAGUGGUGUGUUGGCAAUGAUUAGAACGAAAUAGUUCCAUAGCCAAAAUAUAUAUUUUUUGACUUUCCGCGUGUAUUUAAGAAUUUGUUUGGGUAUUUGUUAAGUUUGAACAUUUUUUUAAAUCUCUGGUGAAAUAAAAACGUUAUGUUAACGGUAAAAAAAUAUUACGUGCCGAAACCGUGGUCGCGCAUUAAUAAUGUUAAUAGUCACUUGUUUGUUUUCUCUUUCAGCCGCUUUCAGCAGCUCUUUAAGCAGUCUGCAGUCUGUACGCCAUUUUGCAGUGUGUUUUAAUAUAUUACUGACCGUGAAAUAACGUACAGUUUGUGUUUCAGGAUUUUGUGUUAAUAUUGUGUAUUUUAACUUUGUUAUAUUAUUUAUUAUCUACUAUUGUAAUGAUGGAAUUUGUUAUCGUUUUGAUAUUUUGUGUGGUUCUUGUGAUUGCUGUAAUGGUAAUUGGUUCCGGGAUGGGGAAAGCUACUUCGUCGCAGCGUCAGAUGGACAUCAUUAACGUCGCUCAGAACUUAUAUCUUUUAAUUAGGAAAGGCGACUUGAAGAAAUGUGACGUUACGCAGACGACCGCGUUUCUUCUCAACAUCGCAAAGUCAACUGUUCUCAAGUACUACAAGAAAGACAUUGAAGAAGUUUCAACACCAGGAAAAAAGAGGAAAAAAAGGCCACAGGAAGGAAAGUCACUUGAUACAGUCGACGAUUUCACAGUAAAUGCAAUCAGGAAUGCAAUUUACAGGAUGUACGCUGAAGGUUUGAAUGUUACAGUCGACACCAUUUUGAAAGAAAUCAGGGAAAGACAAAUAGAUUAUUAUGGUGGAAGAUCAAGUCUUCAUAAAUUGUUAAAGAAGAUGGGAUUUUCAUGGAAAACUGUUGAUGGACGAAAAGCUUUGAUAGAGAAUGAAAACAUAGUAUUGCAGCGAAUAGAUUUCUUGAGAAAGUAUAAAGAAGAAAAAGAAAGAGGUGCCAAUUUCAUAUUUGUUGAUGAAACAUGGAUUUUCCAGAGAGGCAAGGCAUUAAUUUAUUUGAAAAUUUGUUCUGUGGUCCAAUACAAAGUAUUUCAUUUCCAUUUCAUAUAUUUUUCAGGAACUGUAUCAAAGUCAUGGCAGGACAAGAGUCUACAAUCUGCGAAGAGACGUACUGUUGGAGAUGGUAAAAGGUUUAUUGUUGUUAAUGCUGGAGGGCGCACUGGCUUUGUGCCAGGAGCAGGAUUACUUUUUGUUUCAGGUCAGAAGACUGCAGACUACCAUGGCGAGAUGAAUGGGGAAACUUUCUUGAUGUGGUUUGAAGACAUGUUGGUGCAUCUUGAGGAACCCAGUGUCAUCAUAAUGGACAAUGCUUCAUAUCACAGCACCCAGAUGGGCGAGGUGUGUGGAUCACGUGGAGAAGCUAAUUCAAGCAGACUGGGAGAGAGAAGUCCACAUAGACAGCGGCACCAUUCCUCCACUCAUCAUCCACCUCGGCGAGGAUAGUUCAAGUGAAGACAGUGACAGCGAAGAAUUUGAGGUUACGACACAGCAAGUAGAUGGAGACAGUGAAGUACUGGCAGUUCCUCUUGAUGAUUUACCCGGGUGUUCUUAUUGAGGUCUGUAUGUAAUAAACACCUGGGCAACUGUAAGUAUUGGGGUUUGAAACAUUUUUUUUUCUUUUAUGCAUUCCCAUGAAGUAUGUUGAUUACUGGAACUUUAUGUAUUAACUUUAUAUUACACGUAUUAUGAAAUGAAUAUUAAAUUUCAUUUCUGGAUUCGUAUAGGUGUAUGUGAAACAUUUUAUUUUGUUGUGUGUCUUCAUUUUUCAGUGAACUUACUUGGAAAACAAAAAGCCAGUCCCCAUCCAGGGCCACAAAUAAAUAAUGCAUAUAAGUGGUAUAGAAAUUACUGUCAAUUCUUCACCACAAUUUUACUGUUCAUAAAAUUAUGAUUUUGUCUAAUAAGUAUACUCAGGAAAAUGUAUAUAACCAUAUUUUUAUUUGUGGCCUUAACCGGCAAAAUGGUAGGGGUUUAUUAAAUAAAAGAAGAAAA